UAGAAUGUGUGUCUGCACAACCUACUAGUCACUGGACUGGCUUCCUCUUUGGCUACUGCUCCAGCGUUUCCUGGGUGGGCCGGGCCGAGUCUCUUUCCCAGAACUCUAUGGACUUGUGCCGGAUAGCAGUUAUGGGCCAUUCUUUCGGUGGAGCAACAGUGAUCGAAGCACUCUGUAAAGAGAUCAACUUCAAGUGUGGCAUUGCCCUGGACGCAUGGAUGUUCCCCCUGGAUGAGGAGAUCUACGCCAGGGUAAAGCAGCCUAUCUUCUUCAUCAACUCUGAGAAGUUCCAGUGGGCCGGGAACAUCAUGGCCAUGAGGAAACUGGUCCCACCUGACUCCUCCUCCACACAGAGGAAAAUGGUCACCAUUAAAGGAACGGUUCACCAGAGCUUCCCAGACUUCACCUUCCUGACAGGCAAUUGGAUCUGGAAGAUCAUGAAGCUGAAAGGAGAAAUCAACCCUCAGGUUGCCAUCGAUCUCUGUAAUAAAGCAUCGCUAGCAUUCCUGCAGCGACAUCUAGGUAAGGAUCUGUAUGGUGUUCAUUUGAUUUGUAAAGGAGGGUUGCUUCAACAUUUGCCUGGAAACCCGAUGUUGAAAUGCAUUCUACAUUUGGCAGAAAUUAGCAUUUGA